AUGCAAUACGUCAACCUCGGAAACACCGGGUGCAGAGUGUCGAGAAUCUGCCUCGGUUGUAUGUCAUAUGGCGACAAAAAUUGGGUUGACUGGGUUGUUGAGGAAGAGGAAGCACUUCCUCUCAUUAAGAAGGCCUACGAUGCUGGCAUCAACUUUUUCGAUACCGCGAACGUUUAUUCAAAUGGCGUUAGCGAAACCAUUUUGGGAAAGGCCAUCAAGAAAUACAAUCUUCCAAGAAAUAAAAUCGUCGUUGCUACCAAGGUAUUCAGCGUCACGACUCCGGAAAAUAUAUCAUACCGAGCAUUCGGAAAAGCUAAAGAGGAUAUUGAAGCAGAUGGAUAUGUCAACUACGGCGGUCUGUCCCGCAAGCAUAUCUUUGACUCUGUCGAAGCCAGUCUGAAAAGACUGGAUUUGGAUUACAUUGAUCUGCUCCAAAUUCACCGUUUCGAUCGCUACACUCCUGUUGAAGAAACUAUGGGAGCUUUGAACGACCUCGUCAGACUGGGUAAAGUUCGAUACAUUGGUGGAAGCUCUAUGUGGGCAUGGCAAUUCGCCAAGAUGAAUGCCGUUGCCGAAAAGAACGGUUGGGCCAAGUUUGUUACCAUGCAAAAUCAUUACAACCUUCAUCAUCGCGAAGAAGAACGUGAAAUGCACCCUUAUUGUGUUGAUGAAAAGAUUACUACGCUACCAUGGUCACCAUUAGCUGGAGGAAAGUUGGCAGGAAAGAAUCGCGAAACUUCCAGAGAGAAAAUGACACAACCCUACACCGACGCAGAGACCGAAAUCACCGAUCGUGUGGCUGAAAUCGCAAAGAAGAAGAAUGUACCACCGGCACAGGUUGCCCUCGCUUGGGUAUUGUCCAAGAGUGUUGUCAGCUCACCCAUCAUCGGUGCUGGAAAAGAAAGCCAUCUUAUCGAUGGCAUUCAAGCACUGUCUGUCAAGCUCGAUGACGACGAAAUCAAGCAUCUUGAGGAACCUUACGUUCCUCGUGUCCCACAAGGUCACUCAUAA